AUGUCCAGACUCGGCGGCGUCUUCCAUUUGCAGUGCGAAACUCCUGUUGGGAAUGGCGGCCCCGUCAUCCCACGCAGCAUGAUGCACAAGACGAGGAUGUUUGGCCAGAGCCAUUGGUGCGUGACCACAACUCUAUUGAUUCGAGACAUUUUUGAGACGAUAGACGAGCAGCUCAAGGAGCACGGCGCAGAUGCUUGGGCAGGCAUCGCACGAUGCAAGGUGCUGGCUCAGUACAUCAAGACAAGGAGGGCGCCGCCUUGGCCUGUAUUGCGGCCCUCUUCGCUGCCUGAAAAAUCGCUUGCCGACGCACUGGUUGAAAAUUACCUAGAAAACACCGAACUACUAUACCGCGUCCUCCACAUCCCGACCUUUCGGGAGCGUUAUGAUGCUCUGUGGAAGCCCGGAGCAACGCCCGACGCAGCGUUUCUCAUUCAAGUGAAGCUUGUGCUGGCAUUGGGCGCAGUCACUUACGACGAAGCAUUUUCGCUGAGGACCUGCGCCAUGCAAUGGGUCAACGAAGGACAGUCGUGGCUUACAGAACCCAAGUUCAAGGCUCGACUGGACAUCCAAACAAUACAAACGAAUAUACUGCUACUAUUUGCGCAAGAGCGACUCGGCAUCAUUGCAGAUUCCAUGUGGAUGGCGGUGGGAUCGCUGGUCCGCCGAGCCAUGUACAUGGGCCUGCAUCGCGAUCCCGCGCGCCUGCCCGGCCGGACGGUCCUCGCGUGCGAGAUGCACCGACGGUUGUGGAACACCAUCAGCGAGCUGAACCUGCAGUCGAGCCUCGGCUCCGGCGGGCCCGUCUUCCUGUCCAUGAGCGACUUCGACACCCGCGCGCCCGGCAACUUUGACGACGCGCAGCUGCUCGAGGCCGACCCCGUCCCGCGGCCGCCGCGCGAGUGCACGCAGAUGACCGUGGCGAUGGCCCUGCGGGAGACGUUUUCCCAGCGCCUGGACGUGCUGCGGUUCCUCAAUGACGUCUCGUCCGGCGGCUCGUAUGAGGAGACGCUCCGCCUGGACGGCCAGCUCCGUGCCAGCUACAAGGAGCUGGGCCGGCGCCUGCAGCGCUGCCGCGGGCACGGCGCCAAGGCCGCGCUGACGGGCGCGGAGCUCCGCAUCCUCGACAUCAUCAUGUACCGGUACCUGACGGCGCUGCACGUGCCGUACUUUGUCGCGGCGAUGCACGAGGCAAAGUACGCCUACUCGCGGGUCGUCGUGGUGGACUGCGCCCUCAAAGUAUGGAACUCGCUGGCCGGUAGCGCGUCGACGACGACGUCUACCUCGCCGCACAACCCCGAGCAGCAGUCUCCGUUCGAGGCCGCCGACGAUCUGCGGCGGCAGGUGACGCGCGGCAUGAGCCUCUUCAUGAUCGCCGCGAUGCACUCGGCGCUGCUCAUCGUCAUGGAGCUGCGCGCCGAGCUCAAGGAGAGCGAGGGGCUGGGGCCCAAGAUGCUGCGGCCGGACCUGCUCGCCGUGCUCGACCAGUCGCAGGCGUGGGCGCUCGAGGUCAUCAAGGCCGGGCACACCAACGUCAAGGGCUACCUGCUGCUCCGCAUCAUCGCGGUGCACAUCGACGCCAUAUCGCAGGACCUGUCCAGGGAGGCGCUCAUCGAGAACCUGCUGAGCGCCGCGGCGGAGGUGUCCAAGACGUGCCGGGGGUUGUUGACGGAGAUGGCGGAGAAGCUGACGGGAGGCGGCGGCCUCGGUAAUGCGAUGCGAGAGGCCACGGAGGCGGCGGUGCCAAUGCCGACGCAGCCGGAGACGAGCGGAGACUGGGCAUUCACGGGUUUAGAUGACUUGCUUGCCGCGACGGAAACGAGGACUGAAGGUUGGCCGGCGAAUUACGGCUACUCGAUGGAUGAGUUUGAAUGGGCCAUGUUUGACAGCUAA